AGCUGGCCCUCCCUCUAACACCACUAUUUCUUCUGAACCCCCACACCCACCCCGCUUGCCCAGAGACCCUCUGUCCUGGUUAGGGAGAGAACCAGCACAGGUAGCAUUAUCCAGACUGACGCUUAGAGAGGAUACUGACACAACCUGACACAUUGCAGAGAGCAUGUCUCAGUAUUCUCUGAUGUCAACGCAGGAGCGGAAAAAGCAGGCGGCUGCUAUUUGUAGAGAGAUCCAUGCCACUAAUGAACCAGAGAUGGAUCUGGGGAAGAAAGUUAGUGUACCAAAGGAGAUCAUGUUGGAGGAACUUUCCUUAGCCUCAAACAGGGGGUCGCGUCUCUUCAAGAUGCGGCAGAAACGCUCUGAGAAAUUCACGUUUGAAAGCAUUCAGAAUGAAGCCAACUUACAACACAGUAAUAAUGCCGUUUAUCCAGGACCUGGCGAAAUGACAGACAUUUUAAAUAAUGCCAAUGAUCUUGGGAACAACCAGGCACCGCAAACAACUAACCCAGCUCCCAAUAUUGCCCCAGGUUAUGUUGGUCCCUUGAAGGAUGUUCCAACAGAGAAGUUCAACCGCACAGCUAUGCCCAGAAUCUAUCAGUCCCCCUGGGAACAGGCCCUUAUUAAAACCCCCUCUCUGGCUGAUACACUGAUCACCAACAUGCCUGAACCCGAACCCAAACAUGAGAUACCUCAAUUUAAGAGCUUCAACAGGGUGGCUAUUCCAUUCGGUGGCUUUGGCAUGGCACCCAGAGUCCCCGUAAAAUCUCCUGAAGUGGAUCUGGGUCUUCCCAGUCCCUUAACCAAAAAACCUGUAGCUGACCCCGUGAUCAAACGGCCUACCUUCAACCGAACAGCCUCAGGCUGGGCUAAUGAGAGCGAGCCCCUGAUACUUCCCAGUGUGCACCUGGAGCCCGUAUCAUCCAUGUCUUGCACAUUUGUCCCAGAGUCCGAUGACCUCUGAGCAUCAGGCCUAUCAUUGUUUUUGUGAGCUGCAUUGUCAGUGGAAUAAAGGUUGCACUUUCUC